CGCCACGUCCGGCCCCGCCCCGCCCCCGCCAUGCUGCCGGCGCUGAGGCGCUGCUGCCCGGGGCCGGCCCUGGGGGUCGCGCUGGGCCCCGCCGCGCUGGGCCCGGGUCCCGCACCGAGCCCCGGCCUCCUCUGGGCCGCGCCCGCCUGGGGGCCGCGGCUGGUCCCGGCGCGGGGCCGCAAGACCCGGCACGACCCUCCCGCCAAGUCCAAGGCGGAGCGGCUGAAGCUGCCGCCUCCCGUCGACCCCGAGGAGCUGCUGGUGGUCACCGAGCGGUACCGGCUGCACCGGCUCGUCCUCAAAGCCCUCCGGGCCGAGUUCCGGGCCGAGGUGCUGCAGAAGAAGCGGGAGGCGCUGCUGGCCAGGGAGGACGCGGCGGAGCUGUCGGAGGAGCACCGGCGCCUGAUGGCCUGGAACGAGGCAGAGAACGCUCGGCAGCAGGCACGCAGAGAGGAAAGAAUCAGGAAAGAAGAGGAAGACCGGAAGAGGCAGAAGCUGCAGGCUGCGGAGAACAGGGCCAGGAUAGUGGAGGCUUUCCUGAAGGAGAAGGAGAAGGAGGUUCUCCAGCUGCAGGAGGAAGCCAAAACGUUCAUCACCCCUGAGAACCUGGAGGCGCGGAUCGAGGAGUGCCUGGACAACCCUCGCAGCUACAACUUCGCCAUCAACAAGGACGGGCAGAUCAUCAGGCAGACGGGGCUGUCCUAGCGGGCCAGGCUUGGGGGUUUCCCUCCGGGGGCUCCGCUUAUGAGCUGGUUCCUCCCUCUUCAUGUAUAAAUCAACCACAGAAUUGUUGGAGAAAGCC